AUGCGUGUCUGUGCUUCCGUAGAUUCGUUGCUUCCCCUGCUGCUACGGUUUGACACAAGCAGCAGCACUUGCAAUAGUCUGGUGAGAGUAAGAAGGCACACCUCAGCGCUCCUCGCUCGAAAUAGGCACCAGCAGCAAAAGGUUGGAAAGAAGGGAGCCACCGUGCAUCACCAUCGAGGAAUUCGGAAGGCUGUGGGCUCUUUCCGUGGCCCACUGAUGGGGAACGGUGAGAGUACGGAGGCGGCCAGUCGACCGGAGCUGCGGGCCUCCUCCAUGCCGAUUCGACUGCCGAUGCCCGACUCCACCGAGCUGGAACGGAGGUUUACCAAAGUUCUGGCUUCGAUGGACUUACCUCCUGACAAAGCCAAAGUACUCAAAGGUUAUGAUGAUGAAAAGAAAUGGGACCUUAUCUGUGAUCAGGAAAGAGUACAUGCAAAAGAUCCACCAAAUGUCUACCUUAACAAACUACGGACAUAUCUGGAUCCGCGGGCUAGUCGUAAUCACAGAGUUCGAACGUUAUAUAAACGGAAAAUGCUCGGUGAUGCAACAUCUACGCAAGUCCUCAGAGAUCUAGAAAUUUCUUUGCGUACAAAUCACAUAGAAUGGGUUCGAGAAUUCCUAAAUGAUGAAAACCAAGGUUUAGAUGUGCUGGUUGAUUACCUGUCUUUCUCACAAGUGGUUAUGAGGCGCGAGCAAUUAUUAAACAGAGAAAAAAGUGCCAGCUUAGACUCUGGAUUAUCUAGGAGUCCCAUCAGAAGGAUGAGAAGGUCCAAUACAGUGGGGUCACCACGGGGGUUAAAAUAUAAUACAAAAUUAAAUAUGGGGGAACCCAGGGAUGAUGUCCAUGUGUGUAUUAUGUGUCUUCGAGCAAUUAUGAAUCAUCAGUAUGGUUUCAACUUGGUAAUUGCUCAUAAACAUGCCAUCAAUUGUAUAGCACUAAGUCUCAACCAUAGAAGUUUACGGACCAAAGCUUUAGUAUUAGAGCUACUUGCUGCUGUUUGUCUAGUCAGUGGGGGGCAUGAAAUUAUUCUCUCAGCAUUUGACAAUUUCAAAGAGGUGUGUAAUGAACGGCACCGUUUUGAUACUUUGAUGGAGUACUUUAGAAAUUAUGAAGAAUUUCACAUAGAUUUCAUGGCAACAUGUAUGCAGUUUGUAAACAUUGUUGUUCAUUCUGUAGACAACAUGAAUUUCCGGGUCCAUUUACAACAUGAAUUCACACAAAUAGGAAUGGAUGACUAUUUGGAGAGGUUGAAAAACACAGAAAGUGAUAGAUUGGCAGUGCAGGUUCACGCCUACUUGGACAACAUGAUUGAUGUAGCUCAGCUUCUAGAAGACUCAGAAACUAAGAGUGAAGCUCUUGAGAAAGUUGCUGAAUUAGAAGAUGAGUUAUCUCAUAUGAAUGAAAGACUGCAAGAAGUUGAAGAAGAAGCAAUGGCUAAAACAGUUGAACUUGAAAAACAAUUAUCUGAAGCAAAUGAAGAUUUGGAUGAGAUUAGGGAAUUGGCUAGGACUCAGGAACAUGAAAUGAUCACUUUAAGAAAAGCAGUCAAUGAAAAAGAUGAAGAAUCUAGAAAACGGCAGUCACUUCUGGAUGCUAAACUCCAAGAAUUGGAGUUGAUUAAACAAAAUCUCGAAGAGACUCCAGAUUUAUUGCCAACUCAGUCUCAGCUUGAGAAAUUGGGUCCACCGCCACCAGCACCACCACCACCUCCUCCCCCACCUCCUCCCCCACCACCACCUCCACCACCAAUUUCAAGUAUACCUCCCCCACCCCGUAUGAUGGGGGCACCACCACCACCUCCACCACCCCCAUCGGCUGGAAAUGAACAAAAUACAGCAGCCAUGACCAUUAAGAAAAAAAUCCAGUCAAAAUACAGACUCCCCCUGUUAAAUUGGACACCUCUCAAACCCCAGCAAGUGAAAGGGACCAUCUUCUCAGAUCUAGAUGAUGAAAGGUUGAUGGCUGUGAUAGAUUUCCAAGAAUUUGAAGAACUCUUUCGCCUGGGGCCUGCCGGCCCAUUUAGCCGGGAUCCAUCUGAGGGGACUCCUAAAUUGCUCAAGAAGCUGAAAAAACCAGAAAAUAUUAGUCUCCUUGAACCCAAUAGACUACGGAAUGUUGCAAUAACAAGAAGGAAGAUUGAAAUGUCAAAUGACGAAAUAGUUAAAGCUAUUGUCAUGUUGGACCUACAAAGAUUGAAUUUGGAUAUGGUUGACAUACUCUUAACAAUCUUGCCAAAUGAUCCAGAAUUCAAAGCUUAUAAAGAGUACGAAAGAACGAAGUCCUCAGCUGGUGUUUUGACAGAUGAAGACAAAUUUAUGUUGCAACUGUGCAAAGUGGAGCGUCUAUCUCAAAAGCUACAAAUAAUGAGUUUUGUGGGAAAUUAUUAUGAUAAUAUUCAUCACAUACAACCACAAUUAAAUGCCCUGAUUGCUGCUUCCAUGUCAAUCAGAAAUUCUCAAAAAGUGAAGAAAAUGCUAGAGAUUAUUUUGGCAUUUGGAAAUUACAUGAAUAGUGCUAGGAGAGGACCAGCUUACGGUUUCAAGUUGCAGUCUCUUGAUAUGCUGUUGGAUACGAAAUCAAGUGAUAAAAAAAUUAGUUUAAUGCACUUCCUUGUUCAUACCGUGCAAGAGAAAUUUGGAGAUAUCAUUAAUUUUGAAGCUGAACUACGGUUCAUUGAAAAAGCUGCAUUAGUGUCUUUGGAAAACAUAAUGACUGAUGUUCACGAAUUAGAAAAAGGUAUGGAAAUGACAAAGAAAGAAUACCAGACUCGCAAGGAGAGAGACGCUCCCACGAUGCUGAAGGACUUCUUGUCUAACUCUGAGGAUAAGCUAAGAAAGCUCAUUGGGGAUGUAAAAACAGCAAAGGAUGCUUAUCAUCGUGUUGUUGAAUAUUUUGGUGAAAAUCCCAGGAUGGUUUCCCCUACAACAUUUUUUGCACAAUUUGUACGUUUUGUUAAUGCGUUCAAGCAAGCGCUUAUUGACAACGAACGCCGGAAGAAAUUAGAAUUUGCAGCUGUAGAUGAUGUGUUACCACCAACCUUACAGAAGAAAAAGGAGAAGAGAUUAAAGGAAAGUUCUGCAGCCGAAGUUUCAAAGGGACGCAACAGACAGAUAAAAGAAAAGAAAUUAUUAAACAAAGAUGAGGUUUAUCAUGGGGCAUUGGAAGAUAUUCUUUUGGACCUGAAGAAUGAACCUUACAGAAGAGCAGAUGCUUAUCGGCGGAGUCAGAGGCGCCGUGUGGAGGGGCUUGUGCCAUCUGGGAGAACCCAGUCUAAUCAGCUCACCCUCUUUCUAUCUAUUCAAUCAUUUUUCUUGAUUUCUCUGCUGUGCCAAACAUGUGCCUACAUGAUUUCUAUCCUUGAUGUUACCAUUGGCAUUUCAUAUGGCUUUUUAUUCCUCUUUUGGUUAACUACAAAACCUUAA